AUGAAGAAGCCACCAGCUGGUGUAUAUGAAUUAGAUGCCAUGAGUAUGUUCAAUGCCAAAUUUGAUGCUUUGACGAGAAAAAUGGAUAAGUUAAGCAUGAAGGUUGACUCACCAAUUGGAGGAUCUAGUCAUACAGAAGAUGUUGGUGCGGGAAAUAUACAUUGUAUCAAUGAUUUUCCUUCCUAUAGCAAAGCACAAGGGAAACUUCUAAGUCAACCAGAGAAUCCUAGAGAAUAUUGCAAUGCAGUGAUCCUAAGGAGUGGGAAAAUUGUGGGAGAAGAAGAGAUAGAUGAGGUAGAAGAGGAAAAGAAGAAAGAAGAUAAAGACAAGAAUGAAUUCACUUCGAAUCAUGAUGAAGUUAAUGAGGAAGCAAACAAGAAGAAGGAAGUUGAAAAAGAAGAAGAGGAAAAGUAUGUGCCUCCACCACCAUACAAGCCACCAUUGCUAUAUACUCAGAGGUUUCAGAAAGCAAAGCUGGAUAAGCAAUUUGGGAAAUUUUUGGAAGUUUUAAAGAAAUUAUACAUCAACAUUCCAUUUAUAGAUGUAAUUUCUCAAAUGCCCUCAUAUGUUAAGUUUCUGAAAGAAAUUUUGUCAAACAAGAGGAGAUUAGACGAUUAUGAAACUUUGGCAUUAACAAAGGAGUGUAGUGCUCUCUUACAAAAUAAACUUCCACCAAAAUUGAAGGAGCCAGGAAGUUUCUCUAUUCCAUGUCACAUUGGAGAGACAAGUAUUGAAAAGGCAUUGUGUGAUCUUGGAGCUAGUGUAAGUUUGAUGCCACUCUCCAUUUGUGAAAAGUUGAAGGUAGGAGAUUUGAAGCCCACCACCAUUUCUUUGCAACUAGCUAAUAGAUCUAUUAAAUAUCCAGUGGAAAUUUUGGAGAAUGUGCCAUUGAAGGGUGGAAAAUUUUUUAUUCCUGUGGAUUUUGCAGUUCUAGAGAUGGAGGAGGAUGUAAGAACACCCAUCAUACUUGGAAGACCAUUUUUGGCUACUGCAGGAGCUAAUAUAGAUGUAAAGAAUGGGAAAUUAAAGUUGAAAGUGGGAGAAGAGGAAAUAGAAUUCAAUUUAUUCCAAGAUUCCAAGGAAUCGGCUGUGAGUACGCAAUCAACUACCUAUGCUACAAAUGCACCAAGAUCUGUAUUCAACUGGAAAGGAAUAGCUGGUGCUUCAGGUGGAAUAAGAGGUGCAUCUGUAGGUGCAAUAGGUGGUGCACCUACAAGUGGAAUAGGCGGUGACACUGUAGUUACAGAUGGAACAGGCGAUGGUGGUGCAGCUAGAUAUGCCCCUGAUACUACGUCGUGA